GAAAUGACGCAAUCUAUGCCUUUACAGAAGAUAAAAACCAGGUACUCCGAAUUGAUCUCCAGGGGCACAAUGGAGAAGAGGCCUAUGCAGUGUAUACCACAUUUUACAUCGGAGAUGAAGAUAGCAAAUAUAUUCUUACGGUGUCUGGAUACAGUGGAACAGCGGAUAAAUACUUGGAUCCGCCUAUAUGGCGAGAACUAAGUGACAGUUUGAUUGGUUUCCACAAUGGUAUGAUAUUCUCCACCAAAGAUCAGGAUAACGACGGGAGUAGCGGUGACUGUGCCACAAAAUACCACGGAGCCUGGUGA